AUGAAUAAGCAAAUGUGUGAAAAGUUCCAGGAGGUAAGGAGCUCGCUUCCCGAUCAAUUGAACAGUAGUGGAUAUUAUCAAUUUAAAGAUGAAGAUUUUUUAAAUAAUUAUUGUGAUAGUAAUCAAUGUCAUAGUGAUUACGAUAAAAUAAGUGCUGGAUGUUUAUAUUUGUUGGAUCAAUUAUAUAAGGAUUCUGGUGUGUUACCCUCUCCAAAAGAUAGUAACCCCUAUAUUGUUGAUUACAUUUUGAUAUGGUUAAGUUAUAUGUUAAACCUGGGCAAAAGUGAAAACAAAAUUAUGGAUGAUUUUUAUAAUCCAUACAUAAAUAGUUGUGAUAAGUAUAAGACAGAAAUAAGUGAAUUAAAAGAGCAUGUGAAUUAUAAGGGUCUUAUAGAUAAAAGAAAGGAAUUUUUGUAUAUGGAUAGUAAUAUUGUACCUAAAUUUUAUGAAGCAUUUAAAUCAUUAUGUAACUUGUAUAAUGAACUUGAUUAUGAAACAAAAAAUUGCAAGAAUUAUUUGGAAGGUGAUAAUGAAUUUGAUAAAAAAUAUAAAGAACUUAAAGAUUCUGAUAUUACUAAUAGCAGUCCAUAUAAAGAAAUAUUGUCUACUUUAUUAAAGGAUUAUAAUGAUUUUAAAAAGGAAUGUAAAGAAAUUUUAUCCUCUCCACCGGAAAAAACAAAAGAAAAUAUUGGACAAAUUCUUGGACAAGAUUAUGAACUUACUUUUGAACAAGAUUCUGAACAAAAUAUAGAUAAUUCUGAUGUUGCAUUAUCAAGUUCAUCGAUAGUAAGCAAAUUAAUUCCAGUUUUAUUGAUAUUUGGUGCAAUACCAAUUUUUUUGGGGAUUUCUUAUAAGUAUUCGUUAUUUGGAUUUCGGAAACGAUUUCAAAAACAACAAAUAAGAGAAAAACUAAAAAAUAAAGAAUAA